AUUCCCCCAAGUUACCCUAAGGGGGAAAAAAAAGUAAUGUGGAGAAACUCGUGUAGGAGAAGCGGAGACUCCCGGUACCCUGGAGAAGCGUGUUCACGUCCAUGCCGUUCUACGCCAUCCUCGUGGCCCACGUGUGCAACAACUGGGGGUAUAACAUGCUCCUCGUGGAACUGCCCACUUUCAUGAAGCAGGUCCUCGGCUUCGACCUCAAAUCGAAUUCUCUUCUCUCGGCUCUUCCGUACCUCAUCGUGUGGUUGGGCACCAUCGCCUUCGGGUGCCUGGUUGCAUCCCUGAGAGACCGACGGAUCGUGUCCGCGACUGUCUUACAGAAAAUUGCCACUGGUCUCGCCUCCCUGGGGCCAGCGAUCUGUCUGGCACUGGUGACGUACACCGGGUGCAACCGCGCGGCGGCGGUGGCCCUCCUCGCCGUCGGCGUCGGGUGCAACGCCGGGUCGCCCAGCGGCUUCGUCUCCAAU